AUGGCACAAGAAAAUCCUUCUACUCCUGCUACAUCUUCAGCUAUUGGUAAGCUAACAGAGUUUUCGGCCAAAGAUUCCGAUUGGUCGAUUUUUAGCGCCAGGCUAGAGCAAUAUUUUAUUGCAAACGGCAUUACGGAUUCAGAAGUACAACGUGCUCUUUUGCUGAAUGCAUGCGACGAAGAUGCCUACAGAUUGAUUUAUAGCCUGUGUGUUCCAAAUAAGCCCGAAACGAAGACCCACAAGGACUUAAUUAAGCUUUUCGACAAACAUUUUAAAACAACAACCAGUGCCUUUGCAGCACGCCAGAAGUUUUAUGAAGCCACGAAGAGUCGUGUUGAAACGGCCGCUGAAUGGGCCGCAAGAUUACGUAAACUGGCUUUAAAAUGUGAUUUCGGAACUGAAUUAGAAGCGUUGCUCAGAGACAAGUUCAUCAUGGGGAUGGAUAAUACCAAGGUCCUGGAGAGACUAUUUGAAGAAAAGGUGACAAUUUCCCUCGACAGAGCAAUGGAGAUAGCCAGUAUUGUAAGAAAUCAACAUGACGUAACCGUGAAAGAAGAAAUUUUCUAUCAAGACCAUGUGCAUCAACGAGGAGGAAGAGUAUUUGGCAACAGGGGGUCGGCACCGCCGCAGCGAAGACCACGUCAGUUUCCUGUACCACAAAAUGGAAACUACCGACAGCAACCCAAGUUUGAGCGGAACUCGCAAGAUAGAGCCGGCACAAGUCGACGCCAAUCUGUCAACGCGUCAAAUGUCAAUCAGGUCAGCUGCGAGGUCUGCGGAAAAACAGGACAUAACAAAGAUAAGUGUGUUUUUAAAAAUUAUUUUUGUAAUUUUUGUAAUGAAAAAGGCCACUUAGCCAAUAUUUGCCAGAAAAAACUUAAGAGGGGUAAUUAUUUUUUAGAUAAUAAUAAUUCUGAUUUAUCAUCUGAUGAUGAAAACAAAACAAUACGGUUGUAUAUUAUUUCUAAUGGGGGCCCUCCGUUAUUGGGUACAGAUUUUUUCAAUUUAUUUAAACUAAGUGUAAAUAGCAUUAAUUUAAUUGAUAAAAAUGAAAACUUACUACAAAUUGAGGAUUUAAAUAAUAUAAUUAAGAUAAAGAAAAUGUUAUCAAAGAAGUAUUCUAAAGUAUUUUCUCCUUCCUUGGGUAAAUUUAAUGGAGGUGCUCUGCGACUGGAUAUGCAAGAGGGAGCCAAGCCCAAGUUUUGCAAAGCCCGUUCCAUUCCUUUUGCCUUAUGCCGAGGAGUUGAGGCGGAACUAGACCGACUUGUCACUGAAAACAUCUUGAGCCCAGUAUCAUACAGCAGUUGGGCAACACCCAUUGUACCAGUAGCUAAGAAAAAUGGAACCAUCAGAAUUUGUGGUGACUAUAAAAUUACUCUUAAUCCUGUAUUGUUAAUUGAUAAAUACCCAUUGCCCCGUAUUGAGGAAUUAUCUUCUAAUCUACAAGGCGGAGUUGAGUUUUCAAAAAUUGAUCUUUCUCAAGCAUAUCAGCAGAUUGAGUUAGACAAUGAGUCAAAGAAAUUAACAACCAUUAAUACUCCAAAGGGGUUAUUUAGUUAUAAUCGUUUACCUUUUGGUAUUGCUAGUGCUCCAGCAAUGUUUCAAAGAAUAAUGGAACAAAUCUUAGCAGGUUUAGAUGGGGUUGUUUGUUUUUUAGAUGACAUUUUAAUCACUGGAAAAAGUUUUGGAUAG